AGCCAACGUUGCGUAUACGUCACGUGCUGGUGACGACAUUACGUAUACGCGGCGUGUGCCAGCCAGAGGCGGAAAUGGCAAUGUGGAGGGGAAGGAGGGCUGGCGGCCAUACCUUACACCAUUUUAGACUGAUGAACAGCGUCCGCAUGCUGUUGGCUUUGUUAGCCAGUGGCCCAUAUUCAAGCUUAAUCAUUUUGACAUUUUCACUGCAUGGCAAGAGGGGGGUGGUGGUGGGGGAUCCCUUUUUGGCCCGCGGUGCAGUAGCGAACGAAAUUCAGAUUCGGAAUUUGAAUCGGAGGAAUAGAGGGAAGUUCGCCAGAGCGUGUCUUUCGCUCGUGUGGCAUGUGGCAUGUGGCACGGCAUUUGUUUAUGCCGGCUGACCUGCAAGCAAAAAAGGACGAGGGGGCGCAAACGAGAGCGAGCGAAAGAGAGCAUUUCCCCGACGAGUCCGUUUUUGGCAGAAUACAGGGGAAAUUUCUGUGUGUGUUUUUUCAUCGCUCUGCAUCGCGGUCGCCCUGCAGAUUACGUCAAACGGAAAGGAAAACCCGUUAGCCGAGCUCAGUCGCCGACGAACCUUAGAACCGAGCAGUCGCCAUGCGAGCGCACGUACGUACUAGUGGCCCAGUGUGUCUUAGUGUGAACCAAAAGUGAAAAAGCACAAGGAAUAUGGUGAAAAGCGGUGGAAAACAUUGAAAUCGGCCUGAAAAGGCUACAUAAAAUAUCGCAGAAAGGACCCACUCACACUCACACACACACAGGCGUACGCGUGUUUCAACCAGCACAAGUGCAUUCAGUGCGAGGAAAAUUCUUCAGCGCCCAAAAAUAGAGUGAAAUCAGCAGGAGUAACAACAACAACAACAACAACAACAACUGAAUCGGGUAUAGUGAUUGGGCCAGUGUUGGGAAGUGGAUGUGGAAAUGGAAGUAAAAAUGGAAGUGGAAGUUUAAGAGUGAAAAGCAAGUGCAAGAGUGUGUGUGUGUGCGCGUAUUGCAGGCCCAAGAAAGUAAAAUACGAAAAUAGAUAUAGAAAUAGAAAUAGCCGUAGUGAAAGCACACAAGCGAUUACAUAAAGCCCAGCUAUCAUCCCGAACAUCCAACAACCAGAAUAACAACUGCAGCGGAUAUAGUAAACAACCUAUGGCCAAUGUUUAAAGACGCAUUCGCAAAAUGUAAAGCAAUAAUCAACACAACAAAGCCAAAGCUCACAAUAGAAGUAGAAGAAACUGAGGAGACGACGAGCUGAGGCGAUGCCAAAUGCCAUUAUUGGAAACGGUCGUAGUCAUAAGAUUUGCAUAGCAUAGCAAUAGCAAUAGCAACAGCAAUAGGCAUCAUGAAAGCCCCCAGCGUGAUAAGCACUACAACAACAACAUCAACAGCAACAACGGCAACAACAAAAGAAACAGCAUUAGCAAUAGUAGAUACUACGCACAAAAUGGUUAACAAAGGGAACGGUGACAAUAUUAACGGUAAACUGAGCGAUCCGCUCGCCUGAAAAGUGAGACAGACAUAUGAGCAGUGUUCGAAAAUUGAGUGAGAAGCCAAGAGCUACGAGAGAGAGCGAGAGCGAGACAUGAGGCAGCCCUAAGGACCUCGACGAAGGACGAAGGACCAACAGCAUCAACCAACCAAACGACGACAAUCAGUCAAGAUGAGUGAUGAUCAAACGCUGUCCAACGAUGAGAAAGCUGUCGCCAAGCACCAGGUCGUUGCGUAUACGCAGAGGUCGCAGGUCAAGCACGAGAACCGGCACAUCCAGCUGGUGCGGGAGUACGGCUUCCAUCCGCGGACCAAGGCCUCCGUGGAGGACGGCGACGUGCUGCCCCGCAAGUUCGAGCCCUUUCCGGAGCACAUGUACGGCAAGCCGCUGGAGGAGAUUGACACCUUCAUCUACGAGGAGACCUUCUGUGUGGUGUCCAAGCGGUUCCGCAAGAACUAUAUCCACCGCUUCACCGGCACCAAAAGCCUGUUCCUCUUCUACCCAUGGAGCCCGGCGCGGCGCGUUUGCGUCUAUAUCGCGACGAACCAGUUCUUCGACUACUGCGUCAUGGCCACCAUCCUGUUCAACUGCAUCUUCCUGGCCAUGACGGAAACGGUGGAGGAGGCGGAAUACAUCUUCCUGGCCAUCUACUCCAUCGAAAUGGUGAUCAAGAUCAUUGCCAAGGGCUUUCUGCUCAACAAGUACACGUAUCUGCGCAACCCCUGGAACUGGCUGGACUUUGUGGUGAUCACCAGCGGCUACGCCACCAUCGGCAUGGAGGUGGGCAACCUGGCCGGGCUGCGCACCUUUCGCGUGCUGCGCGCCCUCAAGACGGUGUCCAUCAUGCCCGGAUUGAAGACGAUCAUCAACGCGCUGCUGCACUCCUUCCGCCAGCUGGCGGAGGUCAUGACCCUGACCAUCUUCUGCCUGAUGGUCUUUGCGCUCUUCGCCCUGCAGGUCUACAUGGGCGAGUUGCGCAACAAGUGCGUGCGCCAGGUGCCCACCGACUGGACGAACGUCUCCCAUGCGGAUUGGCACAUCUGGGUCAACGACACCGACAACUGGCUCUACGACGAGGAUGAACUGCCCGUGCUGUGCGGCAACUUGACCGGUGCCCGCCACUGCCCCUUCGAGUACGUGUGCCUCUGCGUGGGCGAGAAUCCCAAUCACGGAUACACCAACUUCGACAACUUCAUGUGGUCCAUGUUGACGACGUUCCAGCUCAUCACGCUGGACUACUGGGAGAAUGUGUACAAUAUGGUUCUGGCCACCUGUGGUCCCAUGAGCGUCUCAUUUUUCACGGUGGUGGUCUUCUUUGGCUCGUUCUACCUGAUUAACCUGAUGCUGGCCGUAGUGGCGUUGAGUUACGAGGAGGAGGCAGAGAUUACGAACGAGGAACGGAAGAAGGACCUGCUGGACCAUCGAGACGACUCCACGUUCAGCUUCGAUCCGUCGGUGCUGAACGUAAAGAAACUGAACAAGAACAACAAGAAGAAAAUCGACUCCAGGAAGGGUGUGCUCCUGGCCUCGUACAGCAAGAAAAAGACGCGUCGAAAAAAGGGCAAAGGCGGCAAGGAGGGCGGCUCCGGCAAUGGCAAUGGAAACGGCAGCAAUGGCAAUGAGCCCAAGUCCCACUCUGCCACGCCCAGUCCGGGACCAAGUCCACGCCACAGCGCCACGGAACGCCCCUCGGCACUCAGCCUGCAGGCGCAGAAACAGUACCAGCAGAUGGAACAGCAGCACCAGUUGGCCAAAGCGUCCGGUGGCGACAGCACCAACACUGCCACCGCUCCCACUCCAAAGGGGCGCAUCAGCUUUCAGGACGCCGGCGGCGGCGGCGGGGGUGUGAAGAACCCCAACAUGCUGUACCCCUCGGACUAUAAGGGUCAGCUCAUCGCUAGCAGCCGGCAGGCGAGCUCCAACUCCAGUGGCGUGAAUCGCGAGUCCUCGCAGGACGACUCCGGUGUGGUGGACGACCAUGAGGAGCAGGACACGGCCAACGAGCUGGGCCACGUUUCCACCGUGGAGCUGGCCCUUUCGCCCCGUGAGGUGCGCCUCAUCAAGUGCAACGGGAACAUAGCCCGCAUCAAGAACCACAAUGUGUACGCCCUGCACCAGGAAUUCUCCUCGGAGGUGGUGGUGAUCGAUGAUUUGCCCGAUCGGAACUGUGAUCGCUGUGUGCACUGGUGCACCGACUACGAGAGCUGGCUACAGUUUCAAAACUGCCUCUAUAAAGUGGUGCGGGAUCCGCUCUUCGAACUGGCCAUCACCCUUUGCAUUGUGCUAAACACCGCCUUCCUGGCCAUGGAACACCAUGGGAUGAGCGAAAGCUUUCGCAACGCCCUGGAUGUGGGAAACAAGGUCUUUACGUCCAUUUUCACGUUCGAGUGCAUUGUGAAGCUAAUGGCGCUGUCCAAGGACUUCUUUCUGUGCGGCUGGAACAUCUUUGAUCUGCUGAUAGUCACUGCGAGUUUGCUGGACAUUAUUUUCGAGCUGGUAGACGGCCUUAGUGUCUUGCGCGGCUUGCGAUUGCUGAGGGUAUUAAAGCUAGCGCAAUCGUGGACUACAAUGAAGGUGCUCCUAAGCAUUAUAAUCUCAACGAUCGGUGCCCUCGGCAACCUCACGCUGAUUUUGGUCAUAGUCAUCUACAUAUUCGCCGUCAUCGGCAUGCAAUUGUUCUCCAAAGACUAUACGCCCGAGAAGUUCGAUCCUGAUCCAGUGCCAAGAUGGAAUUUCAAUGACUUCUUUCACUCGUUCAUGAUGAUCUUUCGCAUUCUGUGCGGCGAAUGGAUCGAGCCUCUCUGGGAUUGCAUGCGAGCCGAGGAGGAGCAAGGAGCCUCCACAUGCUUUGCCAUCUUUCUGCCGACACUCGUCAUGGGAAAUUUUAUGGUGCUCAACUUGUUCUUGGCCCUGUUGCUCAACAGUUUCAACUCCGAGGAGCUCAAGUCGAAAAAAGAGGAAGUGGGCGAAGAGUCCAAGCUGGCGAGGAGCAUCGAACGCGUGCGCGACCUCAUACGCAAGAAGCGGCAGGAGCGCAAGGAUCGCAAGGAGCGCAAGUUUGCGGACAAGUUCCAGCAGAUCGUGCUCGAUGCCCAGCAGGCGCAUGCUCAGGCUCAUUCCCAACAGGCUGCGGUGGGUGUGGAGAGGGGCGAAAAGGCGGGUGUGCUGGCCGAGACCAAGAUACACAGACUGAGCUAUCAGGAGUCUAUGAACCGGCCAGUUUCGGGCUCUGAUUUUGGCUUCCAAAUUCCGCUGCACGACGGCCUGCACACUAUUGUGGAUGGCCUGGAGUAUGAUGAAACAGGAGACUUGCCCGAGCAGAUCCAGCUGCAGGCACAUCCACUGCCACCCACCUCAGACUCGCUGCCACCCACCUACGAAAGCGCCAUGAUGGCAGCCUUUCCCCCUCUCAAUGGGAAUGGGAAUGGAAACGGGAAUGGCAAUGGCAAUGGACAAAAUCUAACGCCUUUUAGCCAUUCAGAGCGCCGACUGCAGCACCAAAUCUCCUCUGGAGUGAGCACCCAGCUGAAUGAUUCCCGGGAAGAGGCCACCUGCACGGAGUCCAUUGAGCUGCGCAUGCUGGGCCAGUACAACUCCACGGACACGGAUCCGUAUGCCAACGACCAGCGCAGCGGCUGUGGCUCCUUUAACCGCGGCGACUCGCUGCCCGACAACUCCUUGCAGCACGACGAGGCCUAUCUCAAGUACCAGAAGUCCCUGCUGACGCGUUCGCCCAGCUACCGCAAGUCGCUGGACCGCCUGUCCCAAUCCAGCGGACAGUCGCAGCGAUCGCUGCUCAAGUCGGAGGAGGCGGAGAUGCGGCGCCAUUCGAGCGGCCAUUCGCUCAACUCCAUAUCGAUCGAGCAGGACGAACUGCUGUCGCAGCAGGGCAAUCUGCGCGAGGAACUGCUCAACUGCGACCAAAAGGAUCUCUUUCAGUUUCUGCAGGAGGACCAGGACGAACCCAGGUCGAACCUGAGCUGCAUCUCGAAUGCCAUGAGAUCGCGACGUCCCUCCAGUCAGUUUGGACAGCAGCCAGAGAGCGAGGCGCUGAUAGAGCACUCCGAGUUCGACAACAUCAUCCAGAGCUUCGAGAAGGAGCUGGAGGAGAUCAAGCGCAGUACUACAUCCCUGGAGCGCAAGCUUUCCAAUCUAUCGGAGCCCUCGCCGGCGGCCGAUGAGGCCACCAAGGCCAUAAUGGAGCACAUUGCCAUCAUUACGGGCGCCUCGGAGCGUUCGGCCGCCGAUGAGGUGGUGCAUCCGCUUAAUCCCUACGACAGUUAUGACCUGUCCAGCGUGCCACGGCGUUCGCAGUCCGUCAGCGCUGCCGCUCAGCGGCAGUCGGUGAAAUUGAAGCGGCGCAGUCUGGAGAAGCAGCGCAAGAUCGACGAGGACUUCAGCAUCUCCAAUGAGAUACGCAAAAUCUGUGAUCAAAUUCACGCCCCUUUCGUGGCCAUGGAAGCCAUGGCAGUGGCAGCCACCCAGCCCAGCAGUCAAUCGCCCUUUCUGCGGCGCAAGAUCGAUCCGUUCACGGUGCAGUUUGAUCGCUUCAAGCGGCUCUCCCUGAUCGAGCGUGUGGAGGAGCUGCCCGAGGAGGAGAAGCCCAUCUCCACGCUGCGCAUCGAGUCGGAGAAGAUGCCGCGCAAGUUUCUCCACGGACACGACCAGUUGCGAUUGGACAGCCUCUCGCUGAAGAGCACCAAUUCGUACGAAAAUCUGCUCAUCCAAAAGCAAAAGCUAUCGCCCGCCACGCCGCCCACCUCCUUGAAAUCGAGCAUCGAGCCACCGACACUGGCGCAAAUUUCAUCGCUAAAGACCACCCCGCCGCUGGCUGCUCUCACCGAGCACCAGCAGCACUUUCAUGCCACGAGCAUCCAAGCAGCACCCACUCAGAGUCAGGGUCAGGGACAGGGCCACAAUGCCCAAGCCAAUGCCCACACCCAUGCCCAUGCCCAUGCCCAAGCCCAUGGCCAUGCCCACUCGAGGCGACGUCCGGAGCAUCCACAAUCGACGCUAGACAAAGCCGCAUCCUUCCAGUCCGCUCGCACCGAGUCGCACAGCUCGGGAGCGGCCGACACGAGCUCUGCGGCCCAAAAGACUGAGCUGUCGCAGUCACAGUCGGCCAACCAACCGCCAGAGUCGGCCAGCCAAAAGCCGACGUCGGCGUUCACGCGACUGACCGAAAAACCAUGGCAUUGUUUGGUUUCCUACGUAGACGAUCUCACUGUCGGUGGGAGACGUAACUCGCAGGGAGCUUACAAUGAUCCCAUGACUUUUCCGAGCUAUGGGGCCACCAAGCCGCCCAAGGUGCCCGACGACUGUUUUCCCCAGAAGUGCUACGAUCACUUCUAUUUUCGCUGCCCCUGGUUUAUGAGCUGCAUGGACACGCAGAGCGCGAAGCACUGGACGCGCGUGAGGACGGCUGUCUUGACGGUUGUCGAUACUCCGGCCUUUGAGUGGUUUGUGCUGGUGCUGAUCUUUGCGUCGAGUAUCACGCUCUGCUUCGAGGACAUCAACUUGGACAAGAACAAGACGCUGAAGCGUGUGCUCUACUGGAUCAACUUCUCCUUCUGUCUGAUAUUCGUGGUGGAGAUGAUACUCAAGUGGCUGGCGUUGGGCUUCUCCAAAUACUUUACCAGCUUCUGGACUAUACUCGACUUUAUAAUAGUGUUUGUGUCGGUUUUCUCGCUGCUCAUUGAGGAGAAUGAAAACCUGAAGGUACUGCGUUCGCUGCGCACUUUGCGAGCCCUACGACCGCUGAGAGCCAUCUCUCGGUGGCAAGGAAUGCGGAUUGUAGUAAACGCUCUCAUGUAUGCAAUACCAUCAAUUUUCAAUGUGCUUUUGGUUUGUUUAGUUUUUUGGUUGAUCUUCUCAAUAAUGGGUGUUCAGUUCUUUGGUGGUAAAUUUUUCAAGUGCGUCAAUGAGAUGGGCGAAUUGCUGCCGAUAACUGAGGUGAACGACAAGUGGGACUGCAUCGAGCAGAACUACACGUGGAUCAACUCGAAGAUCACCUUCGACCACGUGGGCAUGGGCUAUCUGGCCCUGCUGCAAGUGGCCACCUUCGAGGGCUGGAUGGAGGUGAUGGCCGACGCGGUGGAUGCCCGCGGAGUGGACCUGCAACCGCAGCGGGAGGCCAACCUAUAUGCUUAUAUUUAUUUUGUUAUAUUUAUUGUGUGCGGAUCGUUCUUCACACUCAAUCUGUUCAUUGGAGUUAUUAUUGAUAACUUCAACAUGCUCAAGAAGAAGUAUGAAGGAGGAGUGUUGGAAAUGUUUCUCACCGAAUCUCAAAAACACUAUUACACGGCUAUGAAAAAAUUGGGACGAAAGAAACCACAGAAAGUUAUUAAGCGACCUAUAAAUCAUUUUUUAGCUAUGUUUUAUGAUUUAUCCAAUUCGAGAAGGUUCGAGAUUGCGAUCUUUGUACUGAUAUUUCUCAACAUGCUUACCAUGGGCAUUGAGCACUACGAUCAGCCGCAUGCGGUGUUCUUCAUCUUGGAAGUGAGCAACGCUUUCUUUACCACCGUGUUUGGACUGGAAGCCAUUGUGAAGAUCGUGGGCCUGCGUUACCACUACUUCACGGUGCCGUGGAACGUGUUCGACUUCCUGCUGGUGCUGGCCUCCAUCUUCGGCAUUCUCAUGGAGGACAUCAUGAUCGACCUGCCCAUCAGUCCGACGCUGCUGCGCGUGGUCCGUGUCUUCCGGAUUGGGCGCAUCCUGCGGCUGAUUAAGGCCGCCAAGGGCAUCAGGAAGCUGUUGUUCGCCCUGGUGGUGUCGCUGCCCGCCCUCUUCAACAUUGGAGCCUUGCUGGGAUUGAUCACGUUCAUUUAUGCCAUCCUGGGCAUGUCGCUGUUCGGGCAUGUAAAGCUCCAGGGCGCCCUCGACGACAUGGUAAAUUUCCAGACCUUCGGACGGAGCAUGCAGUUGCUGUUCCGGCUGAUGACUUCGGCCGGAUGGAACGAUGUGCUCGAGUCGCUGAUGAUCCAGCCGCCGGACUGUGACCCCUUCAUCCACGGACAAACGAACGGCAACUGCGGCCAUCCGCUGCUGGCCAUCACCUACUUUACGAGCUUCAUCAUCAUCAGCUACAUGAUUGUGAUCAAUAUGUACAUUGCCAUCAUCCUGGAGAACUUUAACCAGGCCCAUCAGGAGGAGGAGAUCGGCAUUGUCGAGGAUGAUCUGGAAAUGUUUUACAUUCGCUGGUCCAAAUAUGAUCCACAUGCCACCCAAUUUAUACACUUCUCGCAACUGUCCGAUUUUAUUGCCUCUCUCGAUCCACCAUUGGGCAUCUCGAAGCCCAAUAAUGUCGCUUUAGUGUCAUUUAAUCUGCCCAUCUCUAAGGGCAAUAAAAUACACUGCCUCGACAUUUUGCACGCGCUCGUGAAGCACGUGCUAGGUCAUGUCGAGGAGACCGAUAACUUCAAACAGUUGCAGGAACAAAUGGAUGUCAAGUUCAAGAAACAGUUUCCAACGCGCAAAGAAUUGGAAAUUGUUUCGUCGACGCGGAUCUGGAAGCGCCAGGAAAAGGCGGCCAAGACCAUUCAGACUGGCUGGAAGGAGUAUUUGCGGCGCAAGCGGGAGAAGGAGCGCUCCAACUCCGGCGACAGUGCCACCCAAACCUCCAGCCCAGGCGGAUGGCAAUCGAAGCUCUCAGCCUUGAACUUCUUCCACCUUCAGGUGAGUCGACGUGGCACCGCCUGCUCCAGUCGGGCCUCGUCCCGGAAAUCCUCGCGUGCCUCAGACGCCUCCGAUCUCAGCGAACUGGCAGGACCCUGGCUGAAUCUGCCCCUGAUGCUCGUCUCGGGGGCCGAUGACGUGGUCAAGGACAUCAAGCAGCAGAGCGACGAGAUGGGCAAACGCGGUAGCAUAUUUGUGGAAGCGCCUAGAGCAAGUCGUCGCCGAAGCUUUUAUAAUUUCUUUUUGCGUCAUCAGGAUGCUGUCGAUGACAGCUUAACCUCACCUUCAGUACAUAGAAAAACUGCUAUGAACAACACGACCAACACCACCUCAACCUCCGCCUCUGGCACGGCCUCCUCCACCGCCACAGCCUCCGCCAGUGGCUGUAACCCGGCAGCCACCUGCUCCUCCGCCUCCGACGGCGGAUCCGAACGACACCAGGCGGUGGGGGUGGGACCGCCUCCCUCACGUAAGCGCGCCUCUAGUUUCAUUCGCAAGAAACCGCCCCUAGAAAGAGGUUUGUCAGCACAAAGCGCUUUAAGAGUAAACAAGAACGCUUUUGUCUCCGAGGCGCCAGCUCCCGAGGUGAUCGUGACCAGGCCAUCGCCGGACCAACAGAUGCAUCCCCAUUCGCUUAGCCUGCGACCGGACAAUGCCACGUUGGUCCAUGUCCUGGUGCAUCGCGAGAGCGAGGAGUACAAGGAGGAGGAUGAGGGCAGCAGACCAUCCUCGCCUCCUGGCGGAAAUGGCAAUGGAAGUGGCUUCGACAGGCUGAGCAAGCAGGCGCCACCGCAGAUACGCAUUAGUACCGGCUCGGUGGAGAGCUCCAUGGACUCAUGCACUAUGCCCACGGUGCAGAUCAUGGUGGACAGCCCCAAGGAUCCGCCGCGCGGUGACUUCAGCCUUGCGGGGGCCAUCGAGGAUGUUGAUCUGCCCAUCGAUGUGAAUGUGCAGGGCGACACAUCGCAGGUGUUCUACGACUACAAUCCAGACAAGUCCACUGGUGACCAUUUGGUAGAGGAGGAGGAGCAGAAGGAAGAAGUGCCGGACGAGCAGGCUCUACCAGACAGACAGAGAUGACCUCCGGUCAACGAUCCGCAGCGGGAUUCGAACAGCAGCAGCAGCCAGAGUAGCAGCAGCAGUAGCAGUGCCGGUGCCAGUGCCAGUGCCAGUGCCAGGAGCAGCUCCUCGUCCUCGUCGUCGAUGGCAUCGGCAGCGACAGCGACAGGUCCCGCAGUGCGACGUCCAAGUUGACAACCUCCAGUCUGAGUGCGUAUUCGAUGCCGAUUCCUGUGUGCAUUUGUCUCAGAACUCGUAGUUUCUUAGGCUUAGGAAUAGGCUUAGUCAGAUGGGGCGGGGCUCGCCUCUUUGUUAUCAUAGUCGAUUACCUAUAUAAUUAUAUACUAGUCGCUUUAUACGAUAUACAUACGAUAUAUACACAUAUACAGAUACAAAUACGGAGAGCUAUCCAAAUUUAUACAUACAACAUACAAUAUCAAUCUAAGGAGGAAAUCAAUAUUAACUAUGUUAACAAGAACGUGCAUUAAACCGUUGUAGUACUCGAAUCAAAUCAAAAAUCCGUAGGAGUCGGUAUCGAAAUCGAAAACGGAAACGAAAUCGGAAUCGGAAUCGCCUACAUUAUAUGGUUAUUGUCACAAUCAGAAUUGAGUAAGAGGAGAUUUGUCGGUAGUUUACUGCCCGAUUUAGUUGUAGUCGAAUGGGUUGACCCACUGAGAAAAGAAUUGAAUAUGAUAUAAUAUAAUAUUCUACCUUCUACGUGGGCCGACUUUUUUGAACAUUUUCGAAGGUUGUUUUUGAACUAUACAAUACAUAGAGAUUGGCAUUACAUGCAUACAUUACAUGUGUAACUAACUAUCGCGGUUAGAUCUAGGCUCAUAACUGUAGUGUUUGUUUUCUCAAUUAUCGACCUGCAUAUACGACGGUAUAUGUGAAUAGUAUCUAAAUACAUUUUGUACAUAUGCCAAAGGAAGUAUUUUAAACUAAAGAGCUAAUAUAAUAUUAUAGUUACCGACAUACGACAUUAGUUAGAGACAAUUUAUUGAAAUAUUUAUAAAGGUUUUUCGUUACGAAGGCGCAUCAAAUUGCCGAUUACCAAUACAAUUACGAUAGCGAAUAUUAUCCAUUACCGAUUGUUCGAAGUACAAAAGCGAAGUAUUAGUAGAAUUGAUUAUUAUUAUUAUUAUGAUUAUUACAUGGUAUUGUACAUAUCUUAUGGCCCAUCCCAUUUCGUUUUCUCAUCCAUCUGUAGGAACUAAGCCAAAAAACCAUGUCAAGUGAUGUACUCAAUACACACUCACGUAUUUAAAUCAAACCUAAUCCCAGUCGGGAUCUAGCCACUACCACUACACUGCACUCUUCUCGAAAUCGCAAUUGAAAUCGUUAACUAAUCAAUCCAAGUAAACCCGAAAUCAAUCAGCAGACCUACCUAAGUACCAGCGAGAUGAACUUUUAUAAUUGUGACGCGCUUAGUUUUAGUUUAUUUCCGAUUAAGUGUGGCCGAAACAAUCAAAUUAAAUCAAAUCAAAGCAAAGCAAGAUGCAACCAUUGUGGUCUUCAAUGAAAAGAACAACCUACAAGCUUCCACAAUAACUCUAUUUUAGCACAAUGAUUUACAAUUUACACUCGACUUCUUUGUACGAUUUUAAUAAUGGUUAGGUUGGGCCAAGUUUCCAAGAAACUCGCCUUGUUACUUUGUUACUUUUUAAGUGUUGUUCUCUCUCUUAAGUCUCCAUUGUGAUCGCAUUAAGUUUAAACAUCGAACCAGGACAUAAGUUGAGAAUAUAAACAAAUACCGAUUACCGAAUACUGAAUACUGAAUACCGAAUUACUUGUGCACACUUUAAUCGACGAAAAGUCGAGUCUACGCUACUCUUACUCUACUUUCAUAACUUAACAACAGACAAUCAGACAGCGAUUGAUAGUAAAUUGAAAUUCUAUGGUACCAACUAAAUCGUUUUCUCCAGGAACAAACAACCAAAUGAACGUACACACAACAACUUAAUUGUGAUUUUAACUGCAAUUUUUACACAUAAAAUAAAACAACUAAGGUCAUAAUUUUUAAUUAGAAUUGUUAACAAAGGAAACAAAUCCAACAACAGACAGAAACCAAACACUCGUCAAUUAAGUGAUAUUUAAUAAUGGUACGUACUCGUAUUCGAUUGUACAUAAACGAAAAACGAUUAUGAUAAUGAUAACGAAAUAGCAAUAGAACCUCAUCCAACCACAAAAACAAAAGAAAAAACAAGCAAAAAAUUACAAAAAAAAGGAAAGUUUUACUUUUAGUUAUCUUCAAAAAAAAAAGAAAAUUACAAAAAAAAAAAAAACAAACCGAUUAAAAAGAUAUUACGAUUAGAGAGCGAGACGAGACCAAUCGGAGCGAUGCAAUGAUGUGGAAUGUUUAAUUUAGUCAUAGAGUAUAACGACAAUAAAAUGAAUGAGGCAUAUUCAAUUAAAUAGACACGAAUUCGAGGCGUCAUCGUUAACAAACCAAAAACUAAAGCUAAAACUCAAAUUAACAACAGGCAGGCCACAGUCACACACAAAUGGGGAUAAUAACGACAAAACGUAGCUCUUAGAUAUUAUCGAAUCGUAUCGUACUCGUAAUCGCAGUAGAUCAAGCUAUGCUCCCAGUCAAGUUAAGCCAAUAGCAAAAAUCGAACCAAUCGAAAACGGAAACGGACGGAAACGGAAACAGAGGAGACAGAACCGAGUCCUAUGCAUUUAAAGCUUACGGCACCGCAAAAGCAGGACAUUAGGAUGAUGCUGGAACACAUAAAGUACACAAAAAUAUAUACCUAUAUAGUUAGCAACAACGCGGCUGGUUUGAUUAGGCAUGCCUUACAGAAUACACGAUUUUAUUUAAAUAUACAUAUUUAUUGUUGAGAUUAAAGUAUAUACGAACGAUAGGAGUUAAACGUUUCAUCAAAGGUCAGGCUACCAGCAGCAGCAGUAAUAGAAGACGAAUAAUACCAUUUAAAUCAGGAGCUAAGAAGCUAAAACGAAUCAGAAGUCGUAGGACAUCGUUCAACACGCUCUGAAAACUAAGUCAAUUAUUUUUAUUUGCCACUUUUAAGGUCCUAGUCCUAGUCCUAGUCCUGCAACAAUAACAGCAGUAACUAAACUAAAGUUAAAUAGUAAUUCGUAAUCUAGCUUUGCUUAUCAUUGCCUGCGCUCAGUUAGCUCCUCACACCACGCUCCAAUAGAUCAAAUCAGAGUUGUGGUCCGUUGCCGCUGUCGGAAGUCAUUUGGAACAAUAAUUAGGCUGAAAAUUGUUAACAAAUUAUGAACGAACGCGCUUAGUUUGCAUCAAUUUCCUCUCGGAUUUCCAUUGCCGUUGAUU